UAAAAUAAACAAAGAUGGCAGUCACAGCUGAGAAGAGCAUUGCAUCAUUGAUGCGUAAGACCAUCGACCGGCAAGAAGCCGCCGCACGCCUCAACUUUAGACUGAAGCCGCGGCAAGUCGAGAAGAUUCUCCUACACUAUAUAAAGGAUAGAAACAUCGUCCCUUAUAGAGAACUAGUUAAAGUGCUUAGAGAAUACCCUCUAAAUGACGAUAACUAUAAGAUCUUAAUAGAGGAUUGCUUGACGUGCCUGAUCUUCUUAGGGCACGAGUUUAAGCAGUUUGUGGAGCUGGUGUGUAAAGUGCAGUGGUCGGGCCGGAGUGAGGAGAUGGUGGAGAUGUUUGGCCGUUUUGUACUGAAUCUGGUGACUGCACACACUUACCACUGCCCGAUGGUGCUUGCUAACUUAGUUGCGCAAUUUAAAGCACCUGGUGAAGAUUGGGAGGAGCACCCGCCUGCUGAGACUGUGAAAUUAUGGGCCAACAUACACUCCCUUAUUGCACAAAUAGUUGCAAUUAUGCCAAUGACUAGUGACUUACUAAUGCAGAUAGUGAUAGAACAAUUCCCGUACUACAAAGCUGGGUGUUACCCCAACAGGGCGUUCAUACACAACCUGAUCUGGAUGACCAAGUACCUUCCGUCUCUCAGGGAACACAUUAUGACAGCUAUUAUUAUUAGAAUGGUAGAAAUGGACUCAAACAUAGUAGACCGAGCAAAGAACAAGCAGCAAGAGCUCAUGUUUGAUAUGGAGAUGGAUGAGAAAGAUGAAUUAUGCUCAACAUUAGAUUACUGCAUGCUUGAAAUGCUGCGGUGGUUAGAAGAUGAGCGGGAUCCGGUGCUGGUUACAAUCUGUAACGUGUUUGAGAGGAUAGUGCUGCCUACACAUGGGAUUAAGCACGUCCAAUUCCUCCUCCUGUACGCGACAUCGAUCAGCCAGGCCUGCGCCGACCGCGCGCUGGAGCGGCUGUGGGCGGCGGCGGCGGGGCUGCGCGGCGCGGGCGCGGGCGCGCUCGCCACCCGCCGCGGGGCCGCCGCGCACCUCGCCGGGCUGCUGGCGAGAGCUGUGCGAGUGCCGAACACCAGACUGAUCCACUAUUUAAAAAAUAUGUCCGAAUGGUGCCACUCAUACAUCACGGCGACACAAGAAAGCACCUCAAACGACAACACGAAAGUUCACGGCGCCUUCCACGCGAUCUGCCAUGCGAUAUUCUACCUUGUUGCCUUUAAACAUCAUCAUCUGUUCGCUAGCAAAGAGAACGUAAACUUCGUAGAAUCGCUAAACCUGCCUCGUCUAGUAACCUGCAACCUGAAUCCGCUUCGCACCUGCCCCCCUCAAGUGAUCCGGGGCUUCGCUUCCGUCACCAGAUCUCACCAAGUAGUCUACUGUCAGGCUAUCAUAGAGAAGAACAGUAGAGUGACGCUGCAUGCCACUAAUGUCCAGCAGUAUGAUGACUGGUUCCCUUAUGAUCCAUAUAUGCUGCCUGUAUCCGGUAAAAUGAUCUGGCCCCUCUGCGUCGAAUACAAAGACUGGGGCAGAGAGAAUGAAGAUGAAACCCAGUACUCCGGCAUGAAACGCAAACUAGAGGAAGAUGACGAUUUCCUGAUGACUGCCAGCCCUUCGCAGAAACUAGCCAGCUCACUGUCGAACUGUAUAUCACCUGGAUUUAGGACGAGUGAAAGUGUUAUGUGAAUUUAACUUUAAUAUUAUUAGUUCUUCAAAUAUUAAAGUUCACUCCAUUUGGAAACUAGUAGACAAUGAUUGUCAGUACUUGGCAAAGACUAGCUAGCUAAUAUCAUUCAGUUAUCUUAUCAGUGCUUCAGAACCAGUGAAAGUUAUACGAAUUUAUAUACUAUAAAUUGCUUUGUUAAAACGAAACCAAAAGUCACUCAAGUGUUUGGGAGACAAAAAUGAUAACAAGUAUCAUAUUUAAGUUGACUAUUUGUGAAUCUUAUUGCGUAUAAGAAUAGUCGUUUUGCUGUAUUACUGCAAUAUGAUUUUUUUUAACAUAUUUCUUUUAUUAUUAUUCUUCCAUAGUUAUGGAAACCAGUUAUUUUACAGGUUCGCAAAUUAAAUAUUUAUUUAAGUAGCACACUUUUUUUAUCCAUAAUAAAUAAGUUUUUUAUUUAAACUAAUUGAGGCCUCUGUUAGUAAAUUAUAAUAUCUUUGAAGGUUGUAAAUUUUUCAUGUUAUAUUGUUAGGCCAAAUAACAGAAAAUGUGCUUAUUAAGCUUUGUACAUUUAGACCCGCCUAUAAGCACAUUCUCUGUUUUUCUUGUGACGUUUGCAAGCAAAAGGUACCUACUUUUUCAACAAAGUGGUGUGUACCUAUAAACGCCACACUUCCAGUGCCCGUUCCCUAAUUAUUAUCGAAAUUGUUAAUAAACUUUUUCCUAAGCAUAUGGCUUUGAUUUGAUUUGAAAUGAUACUCUUAUGUCAAGGGCAUGAGCACGUAUUGCUUACUGAAAUUAUUUAAAUAUUAGAAAAUGUCGUUAUUAAGACUAGUAGAUUUUAUACCAGUCUUCAAAUUUCAAAAGUUAACCUAACUAUUCUGUGCUUGUAAUAAUACUUGAAAUUACUUAUUGAUAUAAAAUAGUUUAACGACAGUGUUAAACUAUAUUUGUAAAGGCUAGUUAUUUAGUUUUAACUGAAAAAUAAAUGUAUUUA